UAAAUCGAAUUGAUAGGUUUUAUUAAUUUGUUUGAUAUGCAUAUUAACUUGGCUGGAAAGUGCAGAUUUUAACUUCCUAAAUCCAGCAUUGACCACGCCCUCCUCUUUCCUCUGUGGAUAGGUCGAUCUGUUAUUUACAUUCAUAUUGGAUUUUAAAUUGGCUUGUUGUCAUUUGGGUAUGGGCAAGGUUGAUUUCUUUGAAUGCCUUUAACCCCAAAUUCAAAUCUUAACACAAACAAUAACCUGGGGAAAAAGCUAAAAUUCGGAAGUACGCUGUAUCUAGCCAGACCUUAUGGUAAAGAUGUUCACCUUUUCAGUAGGGUUUUAAGAAUAAAGACCAUUACUUGUUUUUGCUUCCAUAAAUCCUAAAAUCCUCGUAUGAUAUAAAAGCGUGUUGCAACAAAAGAACAAGGCAGGGAUGAGUGCAUGAAACAAGCAAGCCUAAGCCUAAGAUUGACACUGAGAGGAGGCAGCACCCUCUUUUCCUAUUUGUCCAACUCUCCUAUAUUCAGGGUGACUGAUCUGAACAGACUUUCAGUAGCUUCGAUCACCCAUAUGGCGCCGCAGGUGAAGGAAAUGCCACAGGCAGAUGGAGAGAAAGAAGAAUAUCCCGAGAAAAAGAAGAAGAAGGAGGAAAAGGCAAGGGAAAAGGAGUUGAAGAAACUUAAAGCAGCACAGAAAGCUGAAGCUGCGAAAGCUCAGGCUGAAAAGGGAUCACAGCCAUCCAAGAAAGCUGAGCAAAAAGCAGCAAAGAAGUCUGUGUCAGAUGAAAAUCAAGAGGAAUAUCCAGAUCCUCCAACUCCUCUUGGUGAGAAGAAAAGGCUUGCUCCAGAAAUGGCCAAAGCAUAUAAUCCAAGUACUGUGGAAACUGCAUGGUAUCAAUGGUGGGAGAAGUCUCCUUUUUUUGUGGCUGAUGCAAACAGCAAAAAGCGUCCAUUUGUAAUUGUGUUGCCUCCACCAAAUGUUACAGGUGCUCUACACAUAGGACAUGGUCUUAUGUCUGCUAUUGAGGAUACCAUCAUUAGGUGGCGAAGGAUGAGUGGUUAUAAUACUCUUUGGGUGCCUGGGAUGGACCAUGCUGGAAUAGCAACACAGGUGGUGGUGGAAAAGAAGAUAAUGCGUGAUAGAGGGCUAACAAGGCAUGAUCUUGGACGUGAGAAAUUUGUGGCAGAGGUCUGGAAGUGGAAAGAAGAAUAUGGAGGAACAAUUUUGAAUCAAGAGCGUCGUCUUGGAGCCACACUUGAUUGGUCACGGGAGUGUUUCACCAUGGAUGAGAAAAGAUCAAAUGCAGUAACAGAGGCUUUUGUUCGGCUUUAUAAACAGGGUCUUAUUUACAGAGAUCAUCGACUUGUUAAUUGGGAUUGUGUUCUAAGAACAGCAAUUUCUGAUAUUGAGGUAGACUACAUUGACAUCAAUAAACGGACACUACGGAAAGUCCCAGGGUACAAAAAUCCAGUUGAGUUUGGAGUUUUGACAUCGUUUGCUUAUCCUCUGGAGGAAGGAUUGGGAGAGAUAGUUGUGGCAACAACAAGACCUGAAACCAUGCUAGGUGACACUGCCAUUGCAGUGCAUCCUACUGAUCAGAGAUACAUGCAUUUGCACAAAAAGUUUGCCAUCCACCCUUUUGAUGGAAGAAAACUUCCUAUCAUCUGUGAUUCAGAGCUUGUUAAUCCAGAGUUUGGAACUGGUGCUGUUAAGGGUCUUUACAGAGGCUCUGUAGAUAAUGAGAUGCGCCUUGGCACAUGUUCACGGAGUGAUGAUGUUGUGGAACCAAUGAUUAAGCCACAGUGGUUUGUCAACUGCAGUGAUAUGGGUAGGGAAGCCUGUGAAGCUGUGGAAGAUGGUAGGCUUGAGAUCAUUCCAAAACAGUAUGAAGCUGAAUGGUUCAGAUGGUUAAGGAACAUUCGAGAUUGGUGUAUAUCAAGACAACUCUGGUGGGGUCAUCGUGUCCCAGCAUGGUAUGCCAGUUUGGAGGAUGAUUCGUACAAAGAGUUUGGGUUCUACAAUGAUCAUUGGGUAGUGGGAAGAAAUGAACAAGAAGCUGUGGAUGAAGCAAAUGCAAAAUUUCCUGGAAAAGUUUAUCAUAUAGAACAAGACCCAGAUGUGCUAGACACUUGGUUCUCUUCUGGGCUCUUCCCUUUUUCAGUGAUGGGUUGGCCUGAAAAUACUGCUGAUAUGAAGACAUUUUAUCCGACAUCGCUGCUUGAAACUGGACAUGAUAUUCUUUUCUUCUGGGUAGCUCGUAUGGUAAUGCUAGGAAUGAAGAUUACAGGAAGUGUUCCCUUUAAACAGGUAUAUUUGCAUCCCAUGGUACGCGAUGCACAUGGCCGUAAAAUGUCCAAGUCAUUAGGCAAUGUUAUUGAUCCUUUGGAAGUUAUAAAUGGUAUAAAACUGGAGGGCCUUCAUAAAAGGCUGGAGCAAGGAAAUCUAGAUCGCAAUGAACUUGAGAUUGCAAAAGCGGGGCAAGUAAAAGACUUCCCAAAUGGUAUAACAGAGUGUGGGACAGAUGCUCUUCGUUUUGCUCUUGUUGCUUAUACUGCUCAGUCAGAUAAGAUAAACUUGGAUAUCCAAAGGGUAGUUGGGUAUCGACACUGGUGCAAUAAGCUAUGGAAUGCCAUACGCUUUGCAAUGCUUAACCUGGGAAAAGAUUUUGUGCCUUGUAAAGAUUUGAAUGUUGGAUCUCUGCCAUUUGGGUGCAAGUGGAUACUCACUGCUCUAAAUAAAGCCAUUUCAAAAACUGUCACAGCCAUGGAGGCAUACGAGUUUUCUGAUGCAACAAGUGCAGUUUAUUCUUGGUGGCAAUACCAGUUGUGUGAUGUUUUCAUUGAGAUAAUUAAGCCUGCCAUGUCAGCAGAUGACAACUCAACAUCUGCUGAAAUAAAACAGUCUACUAGGGAUACAUUAUGGAUAUGCUUGGAUACUGGAUUGCGGUUAUUACAUCCAUUCAUGCCCUUUGUUACUGAAGAGUUGUGGCAACGACUUCCUCAAAGGCCAGGCGAUGCUUCAAGAAAAGAGUCAAUCAUGAUUUCUGAUUAUCCUGCGGCAGUGGAGGAAUGGACAAAUGAUGAUAUUGAGUCACAGAUGGCUCUUAUUGAGCUUACAGUAAGGUCAAUAAGGUCUCUUCGUAUGACUUAUCUAUUACAACCAAAGCAAAGGCCAGAGGCUUUCCUUCUAUGCAAAACUGAUGAUGUGGCUGUAGUACUGGAAAAAUGUGCUGCAGAGAUUUGCACGCUUGCAACCUUAGCAUCAGUGAAGGUGCUAAGGGAAAGUGAUGCGCCUCCAAUUGGGUGUGCGGUAAAUAUUGUAAAUGAGCAGAUUUCUACUUACCUAUUACUUCGAGGCCAAGUAGAUGCAGAGGUUGAACUUUCAAAACUUAGCAAAAAGAAGGACGAUAUUUCCAGGCAACAGGAAGCACUCUCAAAGAAAAUGAACAUUCCUGGCUAUAACGAAAAAGUACCAGCCCAUAUUCAAGAAGAAAACCUGGCCAAGUUAAAUAAAUUAAUGGCUGAAAUGAACAUCAUUGAGGAGGCAAAUGCAAAUUUUGAAAAACUUCUGGUCAACAGCAGAUAAAAAGGAAAUUUUCAGAUGUUAAAUGUUGAGUAAAGAUGGAACAGUUUUGUAACUCAGAAGAGCUUAGCUCGUCUGACCAGAAACUUGACAAUUAUUUGUUGGAGGUCCUAUGCAAAGAUAAGAUUUGUCCAUUCAUGAACCUUGUCUUAAAUAUGUGCUUUGAUUAUGAAAAUAAGGUAUUGUUAUUCUGUCA